AUGGCUGGACGACGCACCACCAGAGUGCAAUCGCUGGCUGGGAUCGGUGUUGAUCGCAUGGGCGCACUGGCAGCUGAGAAGGAAGCUUCGUCGGUCACGGCUUCAUCAAACAUUGGAGAGCGGCACUUUAAACCGCUCAGGAUGGAAAACCUGGACACCGACGUUCCUCCCAGCCCCGUCGCCCUCGAAGCUACCACCAAGGCUAUAUCAAGCAAAGAAGACAACAGCUAUCUACCAUUUAUUGGCCAGCUUGGCCUUCGUAACGCUGCGGCAGCUCAUGUGUCUCGCAUGACGGGAGACGUUGCGCAGUACUCCGGCGAGGAGAACUGCGUGAUCACAGCUGGUGGACUCUCGGGAGUUCUCAACACGCUGUUUGCUAUUGUCGAGCCUGGAGAAGGUGUUCUCCUGACGGAUCCGACGUAUGUUGGACUCAUCAAUCGAGUGAAACUGGCCGGAGCGAUUCCAAUUCUCUUCCCAUUGGAGUUCCGUGCCGGCGACUUCUGGAGGUUUCCACGCAAGAAGCUGCAGCAGUUCAUCGAGUCCUCGCAGGACAAGUAUGGCAUACGGACCACAGCCUUGCUGUUAAGCUCACCUGCGCUGCCAUCUGGGGUGUAUUUGGAUGAAGAGGAUUGGCGAGCUGUGGCAGAUGUCUGCAUCUCCCACGAUAUCUUACUCCUCUACGAUGCUGCGUUCGAACGACUCUUGUUCGACAAUCGGCCAGUCGUGCAUCCUGCUUCGAUUCCAGGGAUGGACCAACGGACCAUUACCGUCGGAAGCGCAUCGAAGGAGCUCCGUCUGAUCGGAUGGCGCGUGGGUUGGGUCGUUGGACCAAAGUGGGUGAUGUCUGAUAUUCAGCUCGUCGGAAUGGCAAACGUAGUUGUUCCAGUUGGGAUCGCUCAGAAAGCUGCACAAGCGGCCCUAGAAGACUCUGAGAAGGAUUGCCUUGAGUUCAGCAGGGAGCUCCAAGCCAGACGGGAUCUCUUGAUGGAGGAGCUGAAAGGUCUCCCAGUGGGCAUUCCAGCUGGGGGUUGGUCUUUCGUUCUUCGAGUCGAAGAUGGAAGAGGAGCAUCAAGUGCUUUGAUGGAAGAAGGGAUAUAUGUUACUCCGAUGAAUGGUUGGGGAGAAGUUCACGGAGAGAAAUUCGUUAGAUUCAUCUUCUCCAACGAGCCGUGUCAUCGAUUGAAGGGUAUUGGAAUGAAGGUGCGAGCUGCGCUUAAGUACCUUCAAGUCGAGCCAAAAGCUGUCUGA